CAGGAGAAGCGGAAGGUCAAAGUGCAUCUUCCCUCUGAAGAGACUCUCUAGCUCGGGCGGAAGAUGGCGAACGUACUGCUCGAGUUCAAGGCUUCUGCCGCGGACUCAGAGCCGAAGAACCGCCCGGUCCUCAUCGUCGGCCAGCUCGCCAACCUACAACAGAUCAACUGGACCCAGGUGAAAGGGAAACUGCAGCCGGUGGUCACCAAAGAGAUAUGGCAGGCGGCUUUGGCUUCUCUGAAUCCCAACCCUACGGAUAGUUGUCCUCUGUAUUUGAGUUUUGCAGCCGUGGCGGCCCUUCCUUCACGAGUCAGUCGUCACAACAGCCCAUCAUCUGCACACUUCCUCACCCGCCUCAUCCGAACCUGCCUGCCCGCCGGCAAUAACCACUGCAUUGUGAUGGUGUGUGAGCACUCUGAUGUGUUUGCGUCAGCGUGCGCCAUUGGCCGAGCUUUCCCGCUUUUCACCCGCCGUUCAGCAUCUUCUCGCAGGACAGAGAAGAAGCACGUCACUGUGGAGUUUGUCACUGUGGGUCAGGACAAUGGCCCACUGGAGGUCUCCACUCUGGAGUGUCUUGCCAAUGCGGCGGAUGGAGUUCGUCUGGCUGCUCGAAUCGUGGACACUCCAUGCAGCGAAAUGAAUACUGAUGACUUCCUAAAGGAAAUCAAGGCAGUGGGCAGUGAAUUAGGCAUCACUCCAACUAUAAUUCGAGGAGAGGAACUGAAACACAAGGGCUUUGGGGGUAUCUAUGGAGUUGGUAAAGCUGCUCAGCAUCCUCCUGCAUUGGCUGUGCUCAGCCACACUCCCUCAGGAGCCACACAGACCAUUGCCUGGGUGGGCAAAGGAAUUGUCUAUGACACCGGUGGUCUCAGUAUCAAGGGCAAAACCACAAUGCCAGGAAUGAAGAGAGACUGUGGAGGGGCCGCAGCCGUUUUAGGAGCUUUUAAAGCUACUGUUAAACAGGGCUUUAAGGACAAUCUUCAUGCGAUUUUCUGCCUAGCUGAGAACUCAGUGGGACCUGCAGCCACUCGACCAGAUGAUAUACACACCCUCUACUCUGGAAAAACAGUGGAGAUAAACAACACUGAUGCUGAAGGGAGGCUGGUGCUCUCUGAUGGUGUUGUAUAUGCAAGCAAAGAUCUCUCUGCUGACAUCAUAUUGGACAUGGCGACACUGACCGGCGCUCAGGGAAUCUCCACGGGGAAGUAUCACGCUGCUGUGAUGACCAAUAGUGAGCAGUGGGAAGCCGCUUGUGUGAGAGCGGGCCGCAGCAGCGGAGACCUGGCACAUCCUCUGGUCUACUGCCCCGAGCUUCACUUCAGUGAAUUCACCUCCGCUGUGGCUGACAUGAAGAACUCUGUGGCGGACCGUGAGAAUGCGCAGAGCUCCUGUGCUGGCCUCUUCAUUGGCUCUCAUCUGGGUUUUGAUUGGCCAGGCAUUUGGGUACAUGUGGACAUCGCUUCACCAGUCCACACUGGGGAGCGAGCCACUGGUUUCGGCGUGGCCAUGCUCUUGGCUCUGUUCGGCCAGGCAUCUGAGGACGCUUUGCUCAACUCUGUGUCCCCGUUGGGUGCCACCACAGCCAAAACUGCCUCUGAAGACCAGAUGGAGAGGGACUGCAAGAGGAGGAGACUCGUCUAAGAUGAUUUCAAACUGUUCUUAUUCAAAAUGAUUAAAUAGCAGUCACGUCUUGUACAUGUUCUUUCACAAAAGUUGCAUCCAUAAGACACACACAGACACACACCACUUGCUCUCCCCUGUCCUGUACGGACCACCUCCGAUAACCUCCCUUAGUAAAACUGACAGUAUACACCAUUAUGAAAGUAUACAUUGUCUCAAUGUUUCGUAAUGUACAUGUGAUUGUCGUUUUGAAGUUGCCACAGGGGAUGUUGCAGGAACGGAUAGGGGCUUGAAAUAACUAUUAGCAAAUACUGUGUUAAGAUCUUAAACAUUUUUCCUUUUUCAGUCAGAAAGCGUUUAAAAUGUUAUUUGAUUUUCAUUCCAAACGUAAAUGAUGACAUGAACACAGUGUUAGUGUAAGUGAUGUUUUUGCCACUAAAUGUGUGCUGACAAUAUUCACCUUUAAUGCCAGUUUCGUAAGUGUGAAGAAUAUGGAAUGUGAUUGACAAGAAUCUUUUCAGAGUAAAUGUGUAAAAAAAAAAAAAAAAAAAAAAAA